AUGGGUGUGAACGGCCUCUGGACCGUUAUCCAGCCAUGCGCUCGGCCCACGAACCUCGCGACUCUCAAUCGCAAGCGUCUCGCCGUUGAUGCGUCCAUCUGGAUUUACCAAUUCCUCAAAGCUGUGCGCGACAAGGAAGGAAACGCCUUGCGCAACUCGCAUGUAGUUGGUUUCUUUCGUCGCAUAUGCAAGCUCCUCUGGUUCGGCAUCCAGCCGGUCUUUGUCUUUGAUGGCGGCGCCCCCGUUCUCAAGCGCCAGACGAUCCAACAGCGAAAGCGAAGAAGAGAAGGCCGUCGCGAAGAUGCUGUGCGAACGGCCGGCAAGCUACUCGCCGUGCAGAUGCAGCGCAUUGCCGAGGAGGAACAGGAUCGCAGGCGACGAGACAGAGAUCGUGAUGUGUCUGCCCGAGAAGAGGAACAACAGGAGGAAAUCCCUGAUGUCAGCCAACUAGUUUACGAGGACGAAGUGCUCCUAUCGCAGAAGGAGAGACAAAAGGCCAGAACGUUUCGCAAGCAAGAUGCCUACCAUCUACCGGACCUUGAUGGAGGCGGUAUCGCCGCAAUGGGGAAGCCUGACGACCCGCGAAUCAUGAGUGUAGAAGAGCUGGAAGAAUACGCGCGACAGUUUCAUGACGGAGAGGACAUCAAUCUGUACGACUUUAGCAAGAUUGACUUUGACGGCGAGUUCUUCAAGAGUCUGCCGCCCCCGGAUCGAUACAACAUCUUGAACGCAGCGAGACUUAGAAGUCGACUGCGAAUGGGCCUUAGUAAGGAACAGCUGGACGACAUGUUUCCCGAUCGGAUGGCAUUUUCUAGGUUUCAGAUCGAAAGAGUCAAGGAGAGAAACCACCUUACUCAACGCCUGAUGCUUGAGGUUGGAAUGACUGGCACCGAUCUGACUCUCGGUGUCAACGCACGUGUUGCUGGUGAAAAGAACAGAGAGUACAUUCUUGUCAAGAAUGAGGGCGCUGAAGGCGGAUGGGCCUUGGGCGUGGUCAGCAGGGACAAGGACAUUGGAGAAGCACACAAGCCAAUUGAUGUGGAUGCCAUCCAAGUUCAGUAUCAAUCCAAGGACGACGAAGAUGAGGAUGACGAGGAUUUUGAGGAUGUCCCUAUCGAAGGCCUGAACAGGCUGCCAAAACCUUCGGCAGCGAUGCUUGCCAGCGCCCAAGCAGCACAGGAUAUGGCUGCCCGACGCCAGCAACUCUACGAUGGCCAUCGAACGGAGCCCACUACCAACGAGGAAGGGUCUCUGUUUGUAGGUGGUGAUCUUGGGAAUACGAACGAUCUCUUCGAGGAGCCACGUCAGGACACACUACACCCGGAUGAAGAAGAUGACCUCAACAAGGCCAUUGCUCUGUCAUUACAAAACCAGCACGGAGUGGGGCAAGAACCAAAGGACGACGAUGAGUUCGAGGAUGUGCCCAUCGAGGCACCCAAGUGGACACAGAAAUCCGUCGAAGCGCAAAAGCCCAUCACCGCCAAAGGAGGCUCGAUGAUUGCACAUAUUGUCAACAACCGAGCCAGCGCAGCUGUGCCGAAGCGACAAGAGCCUAGUACUACUGCUGAUAGCGAUAGCGAUGAAGACAUGCAGACGGUUCUCGCCAAAGCCAGGAUAAAGAAGCGUCCGCAACCCGUACCAGUCGUUGAGAACAAGAAGAACCCGUUUGAUGGGCCAUUGCCAUUCCCUAAGCUAGACUGGGGCUCUUCUCUCUUCGGGAAAAAGACGACCCAGAAGGAGAAUAAACAUCCACAAGAAACCCCAGCGCCGGUCGAUGAAGUGGACGACAUGGCAGGUGGCUUUGAGAGGGAGCUGGAUGAUGAUGCCCCAAAGCCUCUGCCACCAUGGCUGGCAGACAAUACAGACAUCCGAGAGUCACUCAAGAAGCAGCAAGAUGUGGAGCGUGAAAUUAAUGCUGCGGACAGGCUGGCGGCCGAGGAGGAGGAGAGGCUUCACCGUCGGCAGAUGCAAGAUCAGCUCAUCGAGAUUGAUUCUUCAUCAGAUGAUGGAAGUGAUAUCGAGGUUUUGGACAAGCCACCAUCGCCCAAGAGAUCAACAAGAAACGUGCCGAUCGUCAUCGAUGUUGACGGCAGUGAGCCAGAUGCCACACCACAAGCCUCAUCUGCACCUCAAGUUUUGGAAGCCAGCCCCGAGCCUGCUUCAAAGGAGCCUCAAGAACCCUUGCCUGACCCCGUGGCGCAAAGCGCCCUGGAACAUGUUGAGCUGGACGAGACGGAAACCCAGGAACAGGAUAAAACUCGACAGUCAGAGUCCCCUGAGCCUGAAUUUGAGGAUGUGGUGCCACUGGACACUAUGGCCGAACCAACUGUAGCGAAGAGCCCUUCUCCUGUAUUCGAGGACGUCCCCUCUCUCAGCGCGCCAGUGGAAGAUGGGGCAGAUAAAGAUGCUGAGCUUCCAGAUGAUGGACUUUUCGACGAUGUUGAGUACGACGAGUUCAGUGACCCUGGCGACGAAGAACUCAUGGCGCAAAUGGCCGAGGAAGCUGAAGAGCAUGCUCGAUUUGCCAGUGAGCUGAACAACAAGUCGGCGGAGCAGAAUAAAGAGGACUACGAGAGAGAGCUACGAGCCCUACGGGGUCAGCAAAAGAAGGACCGCCGAGAUGCCGACGAGGUUACCCAGGUCAUGAUCACGGAAUGCCAGGCCCUCCUUCGUCUGUUUGGCAUACCUUAUAUCACUGCGCCCAUGGAAGCUGAAGCCCAAUGUGCUGAGCUGGUGCAGCUAGGCCUUGUUGAUGGCAUCGUGACUGACGACUCGGAUACUUUUCUGUUUGGCGGUACAAGAGUCUACAAGAACAUGUUCAACAGCAACAAGUUUGUCGAGUGUUAUCUGGGAGGCGACCUCGAGAAGGAGCUGUCUUUGUCUCGCGAGCAGCUCAUCUCACUUGCUCAACUUCUUGGUUCGGAUUAUACGGAGGGUCUGCCUGGAGUCGGACCGGUCACGGCGGUUGAGAUUCUAUCCGAGUUCCCUGGCAAAUCUGGACUCGAGGACUUUCGCGAUUGGUGGAAGGAAGUGCAAUCGCAAUCGCGGCCUAAGGAGGCCGAUGCUUCGUCCCCCUUUCGCAAGAAGUUUCGCAGGUCGCAGGGCACCAAGCUCUUCCUACCCCCUGGGUUCCCCAGCCCAGCUGUCUAUGAUGCGUACCUGAACCCAGAGGUGGACGACAACAGCGAGGCAUUCCAAUGGGGUGUGCCGGAUGUCGAGGGCCUACGGCAGUUCUUGAUGGCUACCAUUGGUUGGAGUAAGGAAAGGACAGAUGAAGUGCUUGUCCCAGUCAUCAAGGACAUGAACAAGCGUGACCGUGAAGGCACACAGAGCAAUAUCACAAGGUUCUUUGGUGGCAGCGUGGGAGCGGGUGCCAAGGAAGCGUUCGCACCAAGGCAGAAAGCCCAGGGAAGCAAGAGAAUGGCUGCAGCUGUGGGCAGACUCAAGGCCAAUGCCGCGGCUGGCGAAUCAUCAAGGACCGCUGAGAAUGGAGGAGGUAAGCGGAAACGGGCUUCGAGGAGGAAUGCGAUAGAGGUGGAUGAGGAUGAAGAUGCUGAAGAAGUUGACGAGGAAGAAGAGGGCGAUACAGCUCAGGCAACCAGAAAACGAACAAGGGCCUCGUGA